AUGGGGUUUGGGAAUAAAUGGAGGAUGUGGAUUCGGGGAUGUUUAAAUUUGGCAAGGGCAUCCGUCAUCAUCAAUGGCUCUCCAACGAAGGAAUUCUCUAUAACUAAUGGUGUACGACAAGGAGAUCCCCUCUCUCCAUAUUUAUACAUUAUUGCGAUGGAGGGGUUAAAUGUGGCUCUUAAGUCGGCUUGUGAUAAAGGUAAAGGGGUCCAAAUCCCAGGAAACGGUCCUACACUAUCUCAUCUCUUCUAUGCGGACGAUGCAUUGUUCAUUGGUGAGUGGUCCCGAGCUAAUCUGAAAAACCUUGCACACAUUUUAAGGUGUUUUCAUAUAUCAUUGGGUCUCAAAGUUAAUUUCCAUAAAUCAAGAGUUUUCAGUAUCGGUGCCACUUUGCAAGAAACAGAGAAUUGGGCAAACUUAUUAGGGUGUGAUGCUGGAGUUCUUCCUUUCGACUACCUUGGUGUAUCGGUUGGUGCCAACAUGAAUCUUAAAAAAAUUGGAAGCCAAUUAUCAAGAAAUUCCACUCCAAAUUAUCUCUCUGGAAGGCCAGAACCCUCUCGUUCGGAGGUAGAUUGA